AUGAAAUUUGGUAAAACAUAUUUAUCGCAUCAAAUUCCAGAAUGGACAAUUUAUUAUAUGAAUUACAAACAAUUGAAAAAAAUUAUCAAAUCAAUUGACUCAGAAGAUAUAGAUGCAAAACCUACUCAAAAUGGAGAAGCCAAUGAAUUAGAUUAUCCUGAAAUUAUUUCACAAAUUUUGAGUUCAUUUUUUUUUGAAUUAGAUCGCGAUAUUGAAAAAGUUGAUUCUUUUUAUAAUGCUAAAUUUAAAGAGUAUGAAAGACGGUUGAACAAAAUUAAAGAGAUUCUAAAUUUUCAAGAAAAUAACAACAAUGUAAAUUUAUCGUUAGAUACUUUGAAUGAGGUUGAGAUUGAAGAAAUUAUCAACAUCCUUAUGGAAUUAAAACAUUUAUUUCGUAAUUUGAAAUGGUUUGGAGAAUUAAAUCACAAAGGUUUUAUAAAAAUUUUGAAGAAAUUGGAUAAAAAAUUAAUUAAUAUUAUCAAAUAUUCCAAAGAUGAUUUCAAAACUCCUCCACCUGAAGAAAUUUCAAUUAAUAAUAAGGAAGCAUAUUUAAAUACCAGAAUUGAUGCUUUGCCAUUUGCAAAUGGAUCAGAAAUUUCAACUUCAUUAGAUUUGAUCCAUAAUUUUUUAUCACAAUUGGGACAAUUGAAUAACAACAUCAAGUUGGAAAAUUUAAAAAUUGGUGGUGAUGUAAAUAAUGACAAUGUUAAUUUAAUGAUUAAAGAUGAUAAAGUAAAUGAUUUGAAACAACAUCUCCAAAACAAAUCAAAUAAAUAUAUAAUUUCCCUACUCAAUAAAGCUACAAUUUUAAACCUGAUUGGGUGUAUUGAUGAGAUUUGGUCUCAAUUAGCAAAUUUAUACGAUUCAAGUGAUAUAAAUGGUAGAAACUUUUUCCAUCAACAUAUUAUAAGUUUAGGUAAAGAACAGUUCAUAAAAGAAGAAACAUUAACCCCUGGCGAAACUUCAAAUUGGUUGAUCGGAUCUUCAAAUGGUCCAGAUAAUAAUCAUAUUAUAAAUUUUCAAGGAUUAACUUAUAUAUUAAAGUCAAAGGAGUUUGAUUUUGAUUUGGCUUUAUUAAUUUCCAAAGAUCAUUAUAAUAGAACUCCAUUGCAUUAUGCUGCUCAGUAUGGAUUGAGUCAUAUUACGCAAAUAGUAUUGGACUUUUUAUCAAAAUACAAUUUAAUUAAUAAGGAAAUAUCAAUUGACGAUAUUAACGUUUGGGGUGAUCAAGAAAAUUUAACUCCUUUACAUUUAUCAAUAAUUGGUAAACAUCCUAAAACAACAGAGAUUUUAUUGAAAUUCAAUCAUGGUCUCAAAUUAAAAUGUCCUAGUUUAUUAUUAUUAGCAGUUCGAUUAAAUUCACCACAAAUUUUAAAUAGUUUAAUCAAUGAUGGAAAUAUAGAUAUAAAUUAUACUGAUAACGAACAUAGAAAUGAAACUGCUUUAUACAUUGCUACAAAGUUAAAUUUAUAUGGAGUUGUUGAAUUUUUGCUUGAAUUAAAUGCAAAUACUGAAAUUGGAGAAUCAAUAUUUGGAUGGACACCAAUUUUUAUAGCUUCAUGUGAAGGAUUUUUAUCCAUAGUCAAACUUUUAAUUGAGUUUAAUGUUAAUUAUGAGAUUGUUGAUGAUUCUGGUUGGUUACCUAUGGAGCAUGCAUGUUUAAGAGGACAUUUCGAAGUUGCAGAUUUAUUAAUUCCUAGAAAUAAAGAUAUGUUAUUAUAUGAUUGUUAUAAUCAAGAGAAUAACAUCAAACGAUUAGUUUCUGAAUCUGCUUCUCCAGUGUUAAUGGCUAAUGAUGAUUCAAUAGUUUCGAAUUCAAGUAUUGAUAAAUUACCAAAAAAUCAUCAAGUCACAAUAAAUGAAUUCUACAAACAAUUGAAGAAUAAUUCGCAAAAUAAUGUAACUAAUUCAAGAUCAUCAUCACCUAAAAGGAAAAAGAAGUAUAAACCAAUCAAAUCAUUCGGACAUAGAUAUCUUAAUGAAAAUGAAUCAUUAAUUUUAAUAACUUUGGGUACUACCGAUUUAAGAGAUGAAAGUUUACCAAUUGAAUUGAAUAAAAUCUCACUUGCAAAAUCAUUUGAAACUGAAUUAGAUACAGCUUUAUCUUUAUCGAUUUGUUGUCGUCAUAAAUUAACGAAUUUGCCAAUUGAACCACCAACAAUUGUUGAUUUGCCAUUGGAAGAUUAUCAUGGGAGUGCAACUGAUCCAAUUACAUUUAAAUUGAUGAAUAAUUUGAGUAUCGAUGAUAUUAUAAUUACAUUUGAUUUAAUUCCUACUUAUCAAGUAAAUAAGAAAAUUUUAGGUAGAUCAAUUGCAAUUUUAAAAGACUGCUAUACAAAAGUAGGUCCCAAUUUAAGAUCAUUAAAUAAUAAUAUUACCGUACCUAUAAUUGAUUCAAAUAAUUUACAGGUGUUAGGUCUAAUUCGUUUUGAAUACUUACAAGUUUUACCUUUUAAGCAUAAAGAAAUGAAUAUUACAAGAUCAGACACAUAUUGGAAACAAUUAGUUUCAACAAGAGUUAUUGGUCAUCGUGGUUUAGGUAAAAAUGAAAGUGAUCGUAAAUCAUUACAAUUGGGUGAAAAUACUGUUGAAUCUUUCAUUGCAGCUGCUUCUUUAGGUGCCUCGUAUGUUGAAUUUGAUGUUCAAUUAACUAAAGAUUUUGUCCCUGUUGUUUAUCAUGAUUUUACAGUUGCUGAACUGGGAGUGGAUAUUCCAAUGAAUUUGUUAACAUUGGAGCAAUUUUUGGGUUUGAAUAAAACAAGAAAAAAAAUGACAAAACCAUUAGACGAUGAAAUUUUAAUCAGAUCCAAACCAAGGGCAAAACUGUCUUAUAAUUUAUCUCCCAAUAUGGAAAAGAAUGAUUACAUUUUUGACCAAAUUGACAAAGAAUUUGAGAAUCAAAUUAACGAAAGAAUGAAAUUGACUAAAACUUGGAAGAGUAAAGGGUACAAAGGAAAUAGUCGAGGUUCUUCCGUUGCGUCAAAUUUUGUAACCCUUAAAGAAUUAUUUGAUAAAAUUCCAGAACAUGUAGGUUUUAAUAUUGAAUUAAAAUAUCCUAUGCUUGAUGAAGCAGAACAGGAAAGUAUGGGAGAAAUAGCAAUUGAUUUAAAUUUAUACCUUGAUACAAUUUUGAAGGUUAUUUACGAUGAAAAUAAUAAAUCAACAAAUCGACACAUUGUAUUUUCAAGUUUUCAUCCUGAUGUUUGUUUAUUGCUAUCUUUGAAACAACCGACUAUGCCAAUCUUAUUUCUUACCGAAGCUGGAACUACUCCAAUGGCAGACAUAAGAGCAAGCUCAUUACAAAAUGCAAUUCGAUUUGCUAAAAAAUGGAAUUUAUUAGGUAUUGUAUCUGCUGCUCAAACAUUGGUUAAAUGCCCAAGAUUGACUCAAGUUGUUAAAAGUUCAGGGUUGGUUUGUGUUACUUAUGGAGUUGAAAAUAAUGAGCCUGAAUUGGCCAAGAUUCAAAUGAGAGCUGGAGUUGAUGCUGUGAUUGUUGAUAGCGUUUUAGCUGUUAGAGAAGGUUUAAGAGAACAUAAUGAUAAGAGAAAAGAAUAUGAGGAUUCAAAUAGUGAUUAG